AUGUCGGGCAAAGGCAGCACUCGCAAGAACAACACCUCGACCCGCAUGCGGGACCCUCACGAUGAGGAUCUUGCACGUCUCAACAAGGAGCUCAACGACUUCCGUCGGGCUCAUGAAGAAGAGCUGUCGGCUGCUCGCGUGAGGGAAGAACAGCUCCAGGAACAGCUCGACAAGGUCACCACUGACCGCGACAACGCCAUCACCGAGCGCGACAAUGCCCUCAACCAAGAUGAGCCUUCCGACAACGUGGCCGAACGGAGCAUUGCCCGCCCCUCAAACCUUCGCAAUACCAGCAUCGCUCAGCUGCGUGAACACAUGGGUCUGUCGGGUCCAAGCAACAACCAGGUUUGGAAUGAUCAUCGCCGCACUGUUCGUGACACCCUGACAGCUGCGUACCUCGACUACAACCGCGACAUCAAGAGCCAGGACAAGCAGAAGCUUGUCAAGGUUAUGCUUGCUAUUGAAGAGCAAAAACCUCGUUUCAAGAGGUUUAUGGGACAGUGGGGCGCUCAGUAUGUUCUCCAGCAAGUCUGGACGAACCGUAACGAGUGGAUGAGCCGCACCCAGCGUAAUACCGAGGCCGACAGCGACUGUGACGACAACGACAACGGCAGCAAUGGCAACGGCGAUGGCAACGGCGAUGGCAACGGCGAUGGUGACAGCGAUGGCAACAGCAACAACAACAGCAAUGUCAAUGGCGCCACCAACAGCAACGACAACAACAACGACGGCGACGAUGACGACGGCGACGGCAACAUCGCUGCGGCCAAUGCCGACACCCACGAAUCCGAUAGCCGUGCCGGUGAUACCGACACGGAUAUUGAUGAUGAGACUCCGGCCGCGCCGAAGAACAAACGUGUUCGCAAGGGCCGCGAUCUCUUCGAUACGGAUUCCUCCGACGAUGACGACAGCGGUGCCCACACACCGGCUCCGCCGAAGAAGUCGGCCAAGAGCAACACCGGAAAGCCAAUCGCAAGAUCGGGCGCAAUGGCGCGGAUCCAGUAG